AUGGCCUUUGUAGUUUCAGGCCCACCUGUCCGCGGCUCAUUUCAACCUCCCCGAGUUUCGUCCCGGGGAAUUCGCGCUGCGCAGCGCCCAGCGGCUUGCGCGCGGCCACGAGCAGCGUGGUAUGCGAGCGCACAACCCGCAACUGAGUCAGAUGCUGCCCUGCGUUAUCAGGAUGAUGGCACCCGCGUCGUACCGAUACCCGUGUUCAUAGCAGGAACGGAAGGCGAUACAGUCGCAGGUGUCUACGGAGUCAUGGAUGGCGAACGAAAUUUGACGUAUGUCGGAAUGAGCCGGGAUGUUGCCAAGUCCUUGCUAACGCACGUCGAGAACCACUCUCCAGACGUUGCCAACUUCGUCAAAGUCAUGACUUUCGCCAUGCCGACGGCGCGGGACAUGAAGCUUGUCGUCGACACUUGGAUAAGAGAUAAUGAAGGCGUACCGCAAGGAAACAUCGAGAAAUGGGUCGAGUCUGAUGCGGAGCUUGCGAAGGAAGCAAGCCUGCUGCCCUCAGAGGUCGCUGUGGUCGAGCCGAUCAUCAGCCCAUUCGAGAGCGCGCAGGUGGAGACCCAGCAGCCCGUUGAGGUUCUUGAGCUCACGGAGGACAAUGUCGACACUGUGCUGGAAGAAGUGCGCCCUUUUCUCAUCUCUGACGGUGGAAAUGUUUCCGUGCUUGCAGUAGAUGUUGCCUCUAAACGAGUUGAGCUGCAAUUGGAAGGCGCCUGUGGUUCAUGCGAAAGCGCGACCGCUACUAUGCAAAUGGGUAUUGAAAAGUCGUUACGUGCAAAGUUCGGGGAAAACAUCGGAGAGAUAACGGCUGUUUCUGCACCAGAGGUAGCUCCUGGGGAACUCAGUGUUGCUACAUGCGAGGCUGUUCUGGACGAAGUUCGGGACGCACUGAAAGGGCUCGGUGCGACUGUUAAAAUUCUAGAAGUCGAUGAUGGCGAAGUCAUUGUAUCCUUUAGUGGACCCAACAACCUUAAAUACGGUGUUGAAAUGCUACUUCAAGAGAAGCUACCGGAAGUCGACGCUGUAACUUUCGAGUUGGAGUAAUGCGAUGUAUUAAACGGGAAGGGUGUUGGUUAACCCGAACCCAUUCAUAGGUAGGAAGAGUGGGGCAGGGCAAACCAAUUGGUUCUCUCUCUCUUCCCUGGCCCAUUACUCGCUUUGGUCGAGACUGAGCAAUUGCUCUUUCGCUUCUCACCUAGACAAAUGGUAGGGCAAGCACGUGAGACAAGACAAAGUUGGGAGUGCUGGCAGCUUGAUAUGCCUGCUGCACUAGAGUCAAUUUUCAGAAGUGCCCUGUUGCAGCCCUCGAUUGAUAUACUGCGAUGAGGGCGCAUCCUUGGUCUUGCCUGUAAGCGUCUUCUGAUCUCCCUCCAAAAUAUACCGCCACCCUUUCUUCUGCCCUGUCCGCACUGGUCGUUCCUGAGGAUCCUCGACGCCCUUCCAAGUGAUUCUACCGUAAUACCGCAGCUUCCCCUUGUUCUUUUCCACGACUUUCGUGACGGUCCAGUAGGACUGUUCAUAGCCGUUGCGAAGCCAUAACAGUCGGGUAAACUUCAUGCCGACGCCGCGAUCUGGCAAGUAGCUA